CAUGACCUGAGCCGAAGGCAGAGGCUCAACCCUCUGCGCCCCCAGGUGCCCCUGCGGGGUGUUUUGUCUCAGGCAUCUUACUGUGAAGCAUCUCGAACCGUGCAGCUGGAGACACGACACCAAGCCUAGACUCUGGCGUUACCUCUUCGGACUAUCGUUCUGACUCCCGGCCCGGGUGCAUUUGCGGCGUCUCCGCUUCUGGAGCAUUCUGUCCGUCCGUGCACGCAGACACCCUGUCUUGUUCUUUCCCAGGCCUCGACUCGGCCAUUCUCCAGGGAGCCUGGUUCCUGGCAUGGCGAGGGGUCUUACGGACCGGGGGUGGGUGGCAGUGUGCUCGCUGCUCCCAGGCUGUCCCGCAGACCAGAGCGAGGGGCUGUUCUGAGACGGGGCUGCGCGCGCGCACGCUUCCUCGUGUCCGGCUGGCUGCCCACACCACGGCUUGUAUUCACACGGCAUUUCCCGGUGCAGAGACCUUGCAUUGCCUGUUGGACUGAAUUACCCAAGAAGGAGGAACGCCCCCCUCCCCCGCUUCAUAUCUCUAGGGAGCUCAGAGAAUUCGAGUCCUUGCUCCCUGCCAGCCAUGCACUCUGUUCUUCACAGACGGUCCUGUCUGUUCCCCCGGGUCCAGAUGGGGGUGAGUGGGACAGAGCCUCUUAGGGGAGUGGCAUGGGGAGCACAAGGCACGGGCUGCCCUCUCCACUGAGCAAGCGUGCUCAGUCACCACGACUGCGGGGGGAGGGGGCAGCCUUGACCCUAGCAGGGAGGCAGACCGGUCCAGAGUCCAGCAGCCUUUUCCUUCCCGUCCUUCAGCUGCGGCCCUCCUGUGGCAGAGGUGACUGGGAGGCAGCAAGAGAAGAGGUUUGGCUUGACCAGUGUUUCUGGGUCCCCCUCGGGGCGGCUUCCUUGAGGAACAGGAGCCCUACACCCCCCUCAUUAAGGUCUGCAGUCUGCGAUGCUGGAGGCUGGACUCAGCCCUGGUUCCUUCCCUCUCCAGACCCAGGCGGCCUGUCUGUUGUCCGGGCCGCGGGGAGGGAGUGCUUGCCCUCGCCAGCGUGAGGAGGGGCCCAGGCCCCUAGGACUGUGGAGAGCACUGGGAGCCCUGCCCUGGGGUCCAGCGGCUGGGAGGCUGCUGUCCUUGGACACAUGUGGUGUGUGUGCGCCCUGGGGCUCUGCUCAGCCGGCGGUGCAGACCCACCCGGAGCAACACCGAGUCUGCACGAGGGAGCUGGUGACAGCUGCCGGCUCACUAGCCCUCACCGCCGCGCAGGUCCUAGUGCUGUGAGAAUGCGGAAGAAGCCCGGCCUGGUCAUGAGGGCCUGAGCCCCCCGACCCCGUUCUCGUCCCGUCUGUCCUGGGUGCUCACGGCUGUGCACUCAGGCAUGGGAGUGGUGUGGACACAGGCUGCCUGUAGUGUAGACCAGGAGCGGAGACUGCCCCGCUGGCAGGGCUGAGUAAGGAAGCUAGACGGGAGCCUGUCCUCUCCCUCCUGGACCAGCCCGGGAGCCCAUCAGCCCUGCCACCUGCUCCGUUUGGGGCCAGCGGUCUGGGGCGGGGGCAGGGUGGCGGCAAGGCCCCGUGCCUUGGGGGUGCUAAAGGCAGCCUCUGCCGACAGGUCUCUGAGGAUAGGCCUGCAGAUCUCCCUGGACUACUGGUGGUGUACACACGUCGUCCUGCGAGGGGUGGAAGAGGUUUGUCCUGCCCCCCAGCCACGGUGGGCAAGGCCUCACGCUGGGGGGGUGGUGUGGACAGGGACACGCGAGAGGUAGGUGGGUGCUGGGGCACUGAGGUGGCGCCCGCCUGCCCCCAUCCCUUCCCUCCAUGCCUGUGGUCAGAACAGCCCGGGGUACUUGGACGUGAUGUCUGCGUGUCACCAGCGGGCAGCUGACGCUCUGGUCGCCGGGGCCAUCAGCAACGGGGGCCUCUAUGUGAAGCUGGGCCAGGGGCUGUGCUCCUUCAACCACCUGCUGCCCCCGGAGUACAUCAGGACUCUGCGUGUGCUGGAGGACCGGGCCCUCACGCGUGGCUUCCAGGAGGUGGACGAGCUGUUCCUCGAGGACUUCCAGGCCCUGCCCCACAGGCUCUUCCGGGAGUUCGACUACCAGCCCGUCGCCGCCGCGAGCCUGGCCCAGGUGCACCGAGCCAGGCUCCACGACGGCACGGAGGUGGCCGUGAAGGUGCAGUACAUCGACCUGCGGGACCGUUUCGAGGGGGACGUGCGCACGCUGGAGCUUCUGCUGCGGCUCGUCGAGCUCAUGCAUCCCAGCUUCGGCUUCAGCUGGGUCCUCCAGGACCUGAAGGGCACCCUGGCCCAGGAGCUGGACUUUGAGAACGAGGGCCGGAACGCGGAGCGCUGCGCACGGGAGCUGCGGCAUUUCCGCUUCGUCGUGGUCCCCCGCGUGCACUGGGACGUGUGCAGCAAGCGCGUGCUGACGGCCGAGUUCUGUGACGGCUGCAAGGUCAACGACGUGGACGCCAUCAAAGGCAUGGGGCUGGCGGCGAAGGAUAUCGCAGAGAAGCUCAUCCAGGCUUUCGCGGAGCAGAUAUUUUACACCGGCUUCAUCCACGCGGACCCCCACCCAGGCAACGUUCUGGUGCGGAAAGGCCCCGACGGGAAGGCGCAGCUGGUGCUGCUGGACCACGGGCUCUACCAGUUUCUGGACGAGAAGGACCGGGCGGCCCUGUGCCAGCUGUGGCGGGCCAUCAUUCUCCGGGACGACGCGGCCAUGAAGGCACACGCGGAGGCCCUCGGGGUGCGAGACUACCUCCUCUUCUCCGAGGUGCUCAUGCAGCGGCCUGUGCGCCUGGGCCAGCUGUGGCGCUCGCACCUGCUGAGCCGCGAGGAGGCGGCCUACAUGCAGACCAUGGCGCGGGAGCGCUUCGAGGCCGUCAUGGGCGUGCUCAAGGCCCUGCCGCGGCCCAUGCUGCUCGUGCUGCGCAACGUCAACACCGUGCGCGCCAUCAACACCGCCCUGGGCUCCCCCGUCGACCGCUAUUUCCUCAUGGCCAAGAGCGCGGUCAGGGGCUGGAGCCGCCUGGCAGGUGCGGCGUACGGAGCCAGCGUCCUGCGCCACGUCAAGGUCAUCUGGGAGAUGUUCAAGUUUGAAGUGGCCCUAAGGCUAGAGACCCUGUCGAUGCGGCUGACCGCCCUCCUUCUUCGGCUCUUGGUCCAGCUGGGCCUCUUGCCUGAGACCCAGGGGCUCUCCCAGUACUUGGAGACCUAGGCAGUCCCAGGUCCGAGAGGCCCUUAGGGCUGGUCCAGCAUCGGGCGCCACAGACUGAGACCUGGGGCACUGAAGACGCUGUACCCUAGGAGCCAGCCCCGCCAGGAGACCCAACAAUGACCACAAGCUCUACUCAAACCGAA